GAGCGGGGACGCGGCUCGCCUCGCGAUCAUAUUCAUAAACUAGGACGCCGUGUCCGAGAACCGCAGCAUGAUUUACUCCAGCUUUCGGGACGUUUAUAGAUAUAAGUAUUAAUUUACGAACAACUGAGGAACUGCACUUCUACCUACGCUUCUCCUUGACGAAAGAGGUGGUGGUUGUGGUGUGAGAGGAGUGUGUGUGCACCCGUGUGAGUAAUGGCAGAGCAGCAGAGACAGCGUUCACUCUCCACGGCAGGAGAAUCACUGUAUGUGGUCCUGGGAGUUGAUAAAAACACAGCACCAGAAGACAUCAAGAAAUCUUACAGAAAACUAGCUCUGAAGUUCCACCCAGACAAGAAUCCUGACAAUCCAGAAGCAGUUGAGAAAUUCAAAGAAAUCAACAAUGCUCAUACCAUUCUGUCAGACCCCACCAAACGCAACAUCUACGACAAAUACGGAUCUCUGGGCCUCUACGUGGCAGAACAGUUUGGAGAGGAGAACGUUAACACAUACUUUGUAUUGUCCAGCUGGUGGGCCAAGGCGUUGUUUAUAUUCUGUGGUGUGGCCACAGGCUGUUACUUCUGCUGCUGUCUGUGCUGCUGCUGUAACUGCUGCUGUGGGAAGUGUAAACCUCAUCUUCCUCCGUCAGAUGAGCCGGAUUUCUAUGUGUCUCCUGAAGACUUGGAAGCUCAGAUGCAGUCUGAUGAGAGAGAUGGCAGCAGUCCCAUCGUGAUGCAGCCGUCCUCUGCCACGGAGACCACUCAGCUGAAAGCAGACUCUCACCACACCAGCUACCGGACAGACACCAGCUAUUAAACCUCUCUCACAGACACACGGGACCACCAUGCCAGAAAAGGUCACGGUGGGCAAUGGGUGAUCCAGAGGAAAGAGGAAAGUUAGUAACAUUAUCAUUGGAAAACCUGAAACGCUCCACUGUACAGGGCAAGAAGCCAGUUUAUUUUUAUUUGCCUUUAACCUCUAUCAUGCCCAAACCUACUGCUGUGAUAUAUUCAAUACACACACAAGGGCUUUCUUCCAGUGUACAUACAGUCUUCCUGCUAUGACUUAAGCUUCAUCUUGCCAACAGCUCUUGUUAUGCACUGGUUAUCACAUUUGUCUACAUAAUAGGUUAAAAUAAUUUUGAUCAAUCUUACUUGAAGCACAAAUUAGUUGAAUUGGCAUGAAUGAAGCUUGCGUAACAUUGACUCGAAAAAUGUGAUAAUUGUAGAGGUUGUCACACAUACCCUGUCAUUCAAAAGUUUGGACUCCGAAAGUUACCGU